AGUUCGCAGUCGUGAUUGUAGUCAAAUAAAACACAAGUUUUAAGUUGUUGUUUAUUUGUGUUCGUAGGUUCAUUGGAAGUACUGUCACUUCGCACAUGCGCAGAACAAAUCGGGGAACAAGGCCCGUUAGCAGCGUUAGCUCGGUGUGGACAGUAAAACACGGUGGUUUGUUCGCGUGUCGUAGGUCAAGUAUUCUGGUUGUUGACGAAGCAGCGAUGUCUCCGCUUCAGUUUUUGAGGAAUUUAAUCUUCGAUCGACUAACUGCCGCUGCCGCCGAAGAAAUAUUCGCACACGUAGAAAGAAUUAUCGUCGAGUACGAGGCAGAGGUGGAUCGCCAGCGCAGACUGUUGGAGAUCGUUUAUAAACCUCGAAUAAAGUUAAAGCGGAUAGGUGUGUACAAGCACACUGGUGAAGAUCGUGUCUCGUUUUGUUCGCCUCCCUUUGUCGCUUAUCUGUAUUUUAUGUGUCGUUUCAACGCCAUUUUCUCCUGAGUUUUGUUGUAAAGUUCGCUCUUUUGUGCGAGUCAUCGUUCUCUCCGGCCGUUCAAAAUUAACUUCCGCUUUUACCGGAAAUGACGGAAAAAUAAUAAUAAACUUUAUCUAUAAAGCACUUUUCUGAACAAGUAUUACAAGUAUAAAUAAGUGCUUGAUAACUGAUUUGACUACGAGUCAGUUUUAUGAGUUGAAGGCAAAUAUCUACACAUUACUGUGUUAUCACACCACAGAAGCAGGGGAGCUUACAAUGACAGGCCACUGGAAAUCGCAGGGGUAGUGUAGAGUUAAUAGUCCAGUCAGUCACUUUUAUAGAAGCAAACAUCACAUAAUGAAUUGAGCAAAUAAAAAUAACCACUGACCACCAGCUCCUCUCUGCUGUAGCUGAGAGUCAAGAUCAGACAACAGUCCACAUGAGGAAUGUUACAGGUGAAAAGACCCACAUGUGCAACAUUUGUAAGAAAUGCUUUGCAAGUAGAAAAAAAUUGAUAAGACACAAAAGAACUCACACAUAUGGGAAGCCAUAUUCUUGUGAAGCAUGUGGAAAGGGUUUUCGAUCCAGUUCAGAUUUGAUGAUCCACCAAAGAAUUCACACAGGUGAGAAGCCCCAUAUUUGUAAUAUUUGUAAGAAAAGCUUUGCGCGUAAAGAAACCUUGAUUAGACAUAGGAGAAUUCACACAGGUGAGAAGCCGUAUUCUUGUGAAACAUGUGGAAAGUCUUAUCGUCACGCAUCAAAUUUUAUCAUCCACAGAAGGACUCACACUGGCGAGAAGCCGUAUUCUUGUGAAGCAUGUGGAAUGUGUUUUCGUUGCAGUUCAGAUUUGACGAUCCACAAAAGAACUCACACAGGUGAGAAGCCGUAUGCUUGCCACAGUUGUAAGAAAUGUUUUGCACGUAGAGAUACCUUGAUGAACCACAUGAGAACUCACAGGUGAGAAGAAGCCAAUCUUGCGCCUGAAGACCUCCCACGGCUGAGUGGACAUGGCCUGAACAGAAAUGCCUCUGCACGCUUUUAUAUGCCGGACACCAAACAAGCCUGGAUUCUGGUAUAACAGACUUCAAACAUUUCUCUGAAAGAGCUAAAAAAAACACAGACAAGGACACAUACGGACAGUGCUAUGCGAACAAAAGAAUGAUCGAGAAGUUUGCAUGUUUAAAGGAGAGACGGGCAAAAUUCACACACAAAAUAAAUGCCUGAAAAGUGAAAACUUUUUGUUGUGUAUUUUUAUUUUCAUUAAAGUCAGUCAGUCAUCAUCUACCGCUUUAUCCUCCGUCAGAGGGUCGGGGGGGUGCUGUGCCAAUCUCAGCUACAUCGGGCGAUAGGCGGGGUACACCCUGGACGGUUCGCCAGUCCAUCGCAGGGCCACACACAGAUAGAGACAAACAACCAUUCACUCUCCCACUCACUCCUAUGGUCAAUUUAGAGUGUCCAAUUUACCUAUCCCCACAUUGCAUGUUUUUGGACUGUGGAAGGAAGCCGGAGAACCCGGAGAGAACCCACGCUCACACGGGGAGAACAUUCAAACUCCAUGCAGAAAGGCCCUUGUUCCAACCGGGGCUCGAACACGGGUCUUCUCGCUGCAAGGCGAGAGUGCUAACCACUACACCACUGUGUGACCCCAUUUUCAUUAAAGUGAAUCUUUUAAAAUAAUGGUAUCAGGCAUGAGAAUGGUGCUUUGGCAUGCCCUAGUGGUGAUAUGAGGUAACUGCAUAUCACCACUGGUUAUAAAACUGUUAUAAAACUGAC